AUGGCGAUACCGCGACCCGCUUCCCACGUCACCACUCCCGCCCUCCACGCCUGCACGCCUCCGCUCCUCCACCACCACCACCACCACCACGAACUAUCCUUAACAUCACCACCGCCGUGGCCCUGUCCUGCUGCUGGCUGGCUGCCGCUGCCGUCCCUGUCGCGCCGUGCAUGUCCGCGAACAUCGCCGUCGUCGAUAUUCCGUCUCCCGCGCAUCGCCAUCGCCGCCUCGCCCGGCCACAGCACCCACCGACGGCCCUCUGACGACACGCCCACGCCCCCGCCGCUCGCAAUGGUGCUGUACAGCUUCUACAUCUUCGAUCGGCACACCGAGUGCAUCUACUCGCGCCGCUGGACGCCUGCCCGCCCCUCAUCCUCGUCGUCGGCGCCCAAGGCUGCCACCCUCCCGCAGUCUGGCAACUCGGUUGCAAGCAACGGCGAUGUCGUCGCCGCCGUGCGCAAGGGCAUGUCGCACUCGGACGACGAGAAGCUCGUCUUUGGCCUCGUCUUCUCGCUCCGCAACUUUGUCACCAAGCUCGGCGGCGCCGACGAUACCUUCCUCUCUUACCGCACCGGCGAAUACAAGCUCCACUACUACGAGACGCCGACGCGUAUGAAAUUCGUCAUGCUCACCGACACCAAGGUGAUCAACCUGCGCCAGUACCUGCAUCAGAUCUGGGCCAACCUCUACGUUGAAUAUGUCGUCAAGAACCCGCUGGCCCCCGUCGAGCACCCCGGCGGCAUUGGAGUCGCCAACGAGCUGUUUGAGCGCGGCCUGGAGGCCUUUAUAACUGCUGUGCUGCCUGUAUGAAGGCAGGAAGAGCACAAGAAAGAGCACAAAGGUCAAAAUAGCAACAGUGUUAUGAAUAGGAUAUUGCAUAUGCCGAGUGCUGUCAUGUCGCCCAGCAGUAGCGCAUUUUACGGCAUAAUCGACUUGUACUUAUACGACACUGGCGCUUUGUUCACGCCUCGGGCCGUUAACCUCGCCGCUCAACUGCAUCCUGCGACACAAGGUGUGAACGCCAAUACAAGCUUCACAAAACCGUCGGGAGUGGCCGGGCGCGUAUGCACCCCAGACGUUGCCCCACAUCAUGUACACAGCCUCACUCUAAACUCCAGGCCGCGGUGCCGUCUCCCCACAGGCACGCAGGACACAGACCUCUGGUCUCACUGUAGCUUAACAUAUACUACUUGGUAUAUGAAUGAUGCUUCGCUGGUAACGUGUCUUGGUGUUUGAUGACAGACAUGUAUGAGUAGACUAGCGAAUAGGCUGUAUGUAGGAAGCCAUCAAUUAAUGAUGUUCAAUCCCA